CUAGUGACACUAGGCCAUGAGGACUGCUGUGCAAGGAAAAGAAUAAGAAGAGGAAAGAACAAGGUAAGGAGAGAAUAAGGCAAGGUUUGAACAAGGAAAAGAACAAGAAAAGGAAAGAAUAAGCGAGGGAGAGAAGAAGGCAGGGUUUGAACAUACCUGUUAGGAGCCUAUAAUCUAAAUAUGGAAUAUAUUAACAAAGUGAAUGAACUGCAUUCUCGGAGAUUCCAAGAUUUAGAAGAGCAAAGAAGACCCCAUAAGAGAAUCAAAAAAAAGAAGACCCUAUACGAAGAAGAUACAGAGAGAAAGAAAGAGGAUUCAGGGAAUCAUAGGGUAGGUUUCUUUGGGUUUCUUUGAGUUUCUCUCUCUUCACUGCAAAGACAGAAAUGGGUGAAUCGCCAACUUGUCUUGUUCGAUCCUUCUCUCAACCUGCUGGCACUACUUCCACUGAACCCGAAGAGGGAGAUCCUUAUUGUGCCCUGACAACAUCAAUCUCAUUUCGGAGGUUCAUGUUGGAAUCAUUGGCGUGUGAAAAAUGGUCGUGUUUCUCUAACAAUCAGUACUUGGAAGAAGCUAAGAAAUCUUCUAAGCCAGGUUUAGUUGCCCAGAGGAAAGCUUAUUUCGAAGCCCUUUACAACAGAAAUGGUGCUAAGAAACCUGCAGCAUUGCUUGAGGAGCAAAAUGCAGCGUGUAAUGAACCAAAUGUUAUGGAAGAGACAUCCAGAGACAGCUCAAAUCCUCCACGAAUUCCAACUAGGGCAUCAGCAAAUGGGUUAUCAGUGCAUUCUUCAACAGCUCCUCAAGAAGAAAGAAGAAGAAGUAAACCAGUGGAUGAUUGCUCAGUUUCUAGGAGGAUAGCAGAUGGGAAAUCACAUGGGAUAGACCAUUUGAAGACCUCAGGUGUAUCUGGACCCAAAGCACGACGUCCCACAGUACCCUCCCCUUUUAGCUUGAGGUGUGAAGAUAGAGCGGCAAAACGUAAAGAGUUCUUUGAAAAGCUAGAAGAGAAGACAAAUGCCAAGAUCUUAGUUUCUGGAAGGAGGAUAGCAGAUGGGAAAUCACAUAGGAUAGACCAUUUGAAGACUUUAGGUGUAUUUGGACCCAAAGCACGACCUCCCACAGUACCCGCCUCUUUUAGCUUGAGGUGUGAAGAAAGAGCGGCAAAACGUAAAGAGUUCUUUCAGAAGCUAGAAGAGAAGAGAAAUGCCAAGGAGGCAAAUAAAGUGUAUCUCCAAGCAAAAAAUAAGCAGAUCUCACGGACACAGCCUAUGCAGGUUAAGAUGAAGUUAGUUAACCUGGGACAUGCUCAGAGCGAAGAAACAAGGAUGAAAAUUGGCAAUGGAAUGCGAAUGGGGUGGGAAAGGCGCCGUGAAAAACUGAAGCUGCAGGAAACUUGCUACUUUGAGUGGCAGAAUUUGAUAGCAGAAGCUUCUAGAAAGGGAUUUGUUGGUGAGGAAGAGAAGCAGUGGGACUCCUAUAAGAUCUUGGAUGAACAGCUCGAGCAGGAAUGGUUGGAGAGUGUUGAACAAAGUAGAAAAAUGGCAAGACCGAAAGGUAGCAAGAGAGCACCCAAUUCUCUUGAGCAAAGGAGGAAAAUUUCAGAGGCUAUUUCUGCCAAAUGGGCUGAUCCUGCAAGGGCAUAUGUUGCAUUUUCUGCUGAGAAUGCAUACCGUGACAGGGUUUGCACUGCCCUUUAUAAAUAUCAUGGCACACCAGUUGGAGUAGAAAGGAAGCCAAAGAGAAGGCCAAGUAGUGAGGGACAACCCAGAACACAGAAUCCCACAAAGAAGAAAGCUAAUGACACUGAUAAUUCCACAGGGAAUGUGACUGAAAGCCAAAAGCGUCGUACUAGGUUAAGAAGUAAUAUGCCCUUAUUUAAGGAUCCUUUGGCAAGCUCCAAACUAGAGAUGAUAAAGAACAUUAGAGCAGAGAGAGCAGCUGCUGAAAAUAAGAAGACUGAAGCCAUUGAACGAGCAAAGUAAGUGCCAAUUCUUCUUCAAUUAUAUUGUAUUAUAUAUUUAACAAGGAAUUAAGAGAAUAUGGAAGCAAUCCACUGCUUGUUUGGUGCA